CUGGGAAAGAUGACCACUCUCACACGGCAGGACCUUAACUUUGGGCAAGUUGUUGCGGAUGUUCUUUCAGAAUUUCUGGAAGUGGCUGUUCACCUUAUCUUAUAUGUCAGAGAAGUUUACCCUAUUGGGAUCUUUCAGAAGAGGAAAAAAUACAAUGUACCUGUCCAGAUGUCCUGCCACCCAGAGCUGAAUCAGUACAUCCAGGACACACUGCACUGUGUAAAGCCACUGCUCGAGAAGAAUGAUGUGGAGAAAGUCGUAGUUGUAAUCCUGGAUAAAGAGCACCACCCUGUGGAGAGAUUUGUCUUUGAGAUCACCCAGCCACCUCUUCUUUCCAUUAGUUCAGAGUCCCUGCUGUCCCAUGUGGAGCAGUUACUGCGUGCCUUCAUCCUGAAGAUCAGCGUGUGUGAUGCUGUGCUUGACAAUAAUCCCCCAGGUUGUACCUUCACCGUUCUGGUUCACACACGGGAGGCUGCCACACGGAACAUGGAAAAGAUCCAGGUGAUAAAGGAUUUCCCAUGGAUUCUUGCUGAUGAACAAGAUGUGCACAUGCAUGAUCCCCGGCUCAUCCCCCUGAAAACUAUGACAUCUGAUAUCUUAAAGAUGCAGCUAUAUGUAGAAGAGCGAGCCCACAAAGGCACCUGAUUUCAAAUCUUCCUUGCUUUCAAACCUCAUCUGAUCUUCCAGUGGAAUAAGGUGUCUCACAAACCAUACCUUGAUAACCGUCUCUUCAGCUGGCCUUCUGGGUGAAUGUAGAGCAGCUGCUGCCUCUUUAUUUCAAGUGCUCUUACCACUGUAUAUAAAACUGACUUGGAAUGUGGAGCCAGAGCCUGUUCCCAUGUACACUCAUGUGUGAGAGUGAGUAUAGGUUUUGUUACAGCGAAUCCCUGGGGGCAGGAUAUAGGCAACUGCAGUAUGCAGCCAGUGCUUUGUACCAAUCCAGUUCUCACCUUAAUAGGGCAUCGCCAUUGCUCAUGGGUAGUGAUACACAGCAAUCUGUUACAUGCUCCGCUAGAGCGAUGGACUCAUACUAAGGGUGAGUGAGGCCUUAUGUAGUGUCUGUCCACUGUGACUGUCCCAAGUAGUCUUCAAUAAAUAUUAAGUUUUA